AUGGAUCCGAUUUACAGGUUCCAACUUUUGAAUAAUAUUGGACGUUUGUCUUUUCUGGAAGUUAAGUGCUGUCUACAGCAUGCCUUACCUGAUAUACGCGAACGAAAAAACAAAUGCUUGAGUUGACUGAGGCUUAUUUUGGUAAGUUGUGCUUGUGUGGGACAAUAUUCUCUACUAGAAAAACGCGCGGAUAUGCAGAUGUGGUAGCGAUUAGCAUUAGAAAGCCCCCGGAUCGAGAGAACGAUGAAUGCUUGCUCAAAGUGUGUGCUGUUUGCCAAAAUUUCUUGAACACUUGUUGUGCGUGUGGAGGACGUUUUUGUCUGACAUAUAAAGCAAGUAGGUGAACUACACAAAAACCGAGGUUAUCCAUUUUAACUGUCUGGAUUUUAACCAUCAGUGGCGGUUCAUCUGAAGCCUUUCGAGAUGCUCGAUUUCGGCAUCUUCGCCCUUGUUUCUGCAUCUCCCAGACACAAGUGUUGGCUCCUCCGAGUUGAGAGCUGACAUAUUUGGUGACAUCUCCAGAAAUUCAAUCGGCAUCCUAAGCUUUUCAACUGGAAAUCUUGGUGGAACGUCCGGCUCAGCUAAUGUAAAAAGAGCUGACGUUGAAGUCGGCAUCGGCCUCAACUUGAGGGAUUUUGUUGGUCGUUUUUACGAAGUUUCAAAACAAAUAUUUAGACAUGUACUUAGAUUGCCGUGCUCGGCGCUCGAGAAUCUACAGUUUUUCCGAGAACACUCUUGUUCCGUCUAAGUUGACCAGUCACGAGACCCUUUUGCUUUUCUACACAACACGUUUCUAACUUCCACGGUCUCCUGACUCCGCCGUGUAUUCUGAAUUUCUGCGCGGUUUCUGGGUGCGAUCUAUCAGUGUGGGCUUGUUUAUGCAGACACUGUUACUCUCAGAAGCUAGAUCAUUCUGCGAGAACAGAAGCUCGAUGUUGCAGUCGUACCUCUUGCACUAGCCACGGUUUUGCGUUGAUUGUGCCUAUCAACAAGUUCCAGAUUCUCUCAAUAUCGCAUUCUUGAGGGUAAAUAUGCUCUGAGCCUAUGUUCAUCCAAGAAACCACGUUGCGCCUCAUUUCGACUCCAUCAGGCGCUGCACUGCUGUGCAUUAUUGGCGCGUGAUUUGGUUUAAAGUCCUAUCAUCCUGACUGGUAAGUGGUGGUCAGUCGCAAAUCGCUUGUGUCUCCAGCUGCUCCUCAGGCUAUUUUUUACUUACUGACACGGUCUACCACGUCAUGUUGUAAAUAAUCAGUGGACUGCACAGUUGCUCUCCGUUGCUCAUGCCAGGUAGUAGGGUUGUUUUAGGUAACACUUUUCUAUGGUUAACAACCCCUCACACAUUUCGGUCGUUCUCUUUCGUUAGAUUCAGGUUUGUGACAAGCCCGGAUCUUUUUUCAAGGCGGCGACGGGAGAACAGCCUACAUCUCUGUCUGCAGGAACUUAAGGGUGUUCCAGAGGACGAACAGUAAGUUCCAUGUCCUGUUAAGCCGUAUAUUUUCCUUUAGUACAUGCUUUUUGCAAAUGCCACCUCCGUUAGAUUUUCGCUUUUAUUUGAGUGGUCCUUGGAGCGCUUCAAAGUUCGCAGUUGUCUGAUGAGUUCCGUUAGAUUUUGAGCUGUGUGUUAGUAGUGAGGCCAGUUUGUUUCAGUAUCAUUGUUGUUCUUGCGCGUACGAUCAUCGUCGUGCUGAUAGGUGUCUGGGGGAGUGUUGAUGACGAAGGCAUACACGCACUCAGGUAUCGCAUGUGCCCCAUCGAAUACUUCAUGUUUUAGGCAAAAUGGCAUAACCGACACAGACAAGCGUGACUGGAAUGGCCAUUCUGGAACAUCUGGGGCUCGAUCCCGCGACCUGUUAGUUAGAAGUCCAGCGCCUAUAACCACUGAGCCAAGGGCUCGUUUUCUUGUCGGAUGUGAUUGGGGACGCUCACCGAUCGUGUUACGGAACUCACUCGUCUAGGUGUGUCUUGGAACUGUCGGGCCCAACAGCCGAUCACAACCGACAAAACAACGGGCCCGUGGCUUAGUGGUUAGAGACGCUGGACUUCUAACCAACAAGUCGCGGACCAAGUCCCAGGUGUUUCACACUUCGGGGUUGGGUAUGACUGAUUGACGACGGCCAAUAAGCCAGAAAUGGCCCUUCCAGUUUCCCUUGUCCCUGUUGGUAAUCUUAUUCUGCCCAUAUCAUGCGCCCCUGUGCGGCUGCUGGUUAGGCUCGAGAGAGAGCCCGUAAGGCACAACGGGACGAGUGAGUUCCGUAGAAACGAUCGGUGAGCGUCCCUCUACCACUCCAUAUUUUGUCAGCAGAUAUCACCGGGCUAAGCGACCCAUUGUGGGCAGUUUCUUUCUUUAGUCAGCUCGUGUUGAUAAAAGUCGCGUAUCCUAGAAAUUAGGCGUAUUCUAGCUAGACUGGCGGACCUCGGUCAGUCCUACUUACCUUCGUAUAAGCGGUGCUACACGCGUGUAUUUUCCAUUCAAAACACGCACACCAAUUCAAUGCGCCCCGAUUCAGCAUUUCAGGUGCCAAUGCGGCCGACGUUCUGUUUUCGCGUUAUAGAUGUGGCCGCCGUUUUAGGUGGUGUGAGCUUCACAACUCUAAGGCAACUUCCGUAAUCCGACGCAAAUUUUUAUUCUUUAGAUUAUAACAGAGACUUUAUGCAAUGGAUAUGGCGUGCGCCUUCUUAGUUUAGCAAUUGGUCGUCAUCACAGUUCACCAAGUAUCUUUGUAUACUAUCAAAACAUUUCGAUCCACUUUAAACCAAAGCAACUGAUCAUAAUGUAGUAUAACACUUCAAAUAAAGGCAACGUUUGCAGUGCAGAUGCGCUCGUCCGUUGCCCAAAGCCGUUAUUGUUAUGUUAUUUGACUAUGACAGAUAGUUAAUUGCGUUGAUUUACAAAAGGUCAAACGAAGGAACUAGCAUUUUAAAAACCAUUUUUGCUAUCAGCGAAAGCGCAUAUUGAUGGAUUCGUUGCCCCAUGUAAUUAGUCCCUUUCACUCUUUCCACGACUAAAUUAAAUUUUAGUGUAAGUUUGCUUACCUCGGACGUAUUUUGGCACGAUCGGUCCAAGGGACCGUCCAAAGCUUUUUAAAUUAUUGGUCUGGUUUAUUUCGACUCAGCAUGUUGCAUUUCAAACUUUUUUUGCUCUCGAAGGUACUUUUGUGAAAUCUACCUGGACAAUGUGCUUUACGCGCGGACCACAGUGAAAACCAUGAAGGACAUGCUUGUCUGGGGAGAGGAGUUCGAUUUCAGGUACGCGUCCGUCCAAAUAGACUUGUCGGGACAGGACUUAUAGCCAUCAAAAAAUUAGCCAUGUUUGCUACGAAGUGGUUUGGUUUAUUCGGGAUGUCUAGCAUUUCACAUUAAUUAAGGCUACUAGCUAGAGUUGAGUAGGUAAUUAAUUUGGUUUGAUUUGGUGUCCGGUUCAGGAGAGUUUGCCAUGAUGGUAACUUUCUAACUCAAGCAGGGCUUUGGCAGUACCGUUUAACGCCUGUUGUGGAAACGAAUUGCAGUUUUCAGAGCAGCCUUCACUGCAAAGAUUCUUGACCUCCAUCAGAAUGGUAGAAAUUGUCGGCAAGUGAAUUUUAUUGUUGCUGCCUAAACAUCAGGUUAUUUUAGGGAAGAGCAACUUAAACGCUUGCUGUCUCACAGCCCUUUCAGGGGCUGAGUCGUGCUCAGAUGCACCCAGUUGUUCGGCUGGGCAAACUAACGGCUUCGGCGCAUCUAGGUGUUUGCUGAGUUUUCGCGCGAAUACCAUUGACACUGAAUGGGAUUGUAGAUUCCACCGAACUUUGGACUAUUUGCUUGAAUUGUUCGGUUGUUACAUAUAAGUGUCGCUUUUGAACUUACGUCUUAAUUUGGCUCCACUUCAACACUCUUAUCUGGUCUAACUGCGUGCUUUAUGUAUUACAGUCAAUGUAACCUCAAGGCAAUUAACAUGCCUCAUGAAGUCUUAGGACGACUGACAAGCUGACUUCGAAUUGAUGCUAACUAGGCAGUCCAGUAAAAAGUCGACUGCUUAUGACUUCAAUGGGACAUCCCCAAACAUAAAGACUGUUUGUCAUGAAUAGUUUGCAUGGAAUGCCGGACUUUCUUAUGUCCCUCGGUUACGCCUCUCUCAUUCUUCCACCAUCAUCUUUGUUGGUCUUUAGCUUACUUCCAGAUAUCACAGACGUGAAUAUCCUCCUUUGGCUUGUGAAGGCUGCCACCACUGCGGAGGAAGAAUGCGCGGUCGUUUCUUUCAGCGAACGCAGUCUCCGACGCGCCAGUCUGACUCGGACAGGUGAUUUAGAGAGGGCCAACCACCGCUUUCAGUCUCAACAAUUCGAGCUGGACACACAUCGUAUCUCUAUCACACAGGCGGACUCCUGGGCCUCGGUCCUGAUGGACACCUCAUGCUCCUCUCUGGAUGCAAUGCAACAGUCUGCCUCCAAAAGCCAGUCAAAACAGAACGACACCUCCCUGGUGUCAUCCUCCUCCGGAGAUUCCCGACACAGACGGAAGGGGCGCUUUGGUGCCAGUCGAAGCAAAAAGAAACUCACUCGUUUCUGCUUAAUCGGUAAGCGUCUGGGUCCCUAACUCGCUCCGCUUUGGUUCCAUGUUUUCAACAAAUCGCAGUCUACUCAGGGUAGUCAAAGAAGUCAUUGAUAUACUCAUGAACUCUAAAUUGCUGUUACCGAAACUCUGGACAAAAUGCCGGUCUGAUCAUUUCCAAUGAGCCGAAGACAACGCUGGCAAGAGCUAUGAGAACAAUUAAGCAACUGGAUGGAAAAUGGGUCAUAAAUCGAACAAAAAGACCGUCGACUGAAGGUUGGCGGUUAUUGUCGACUCGCUAUUUACCUCGAUCCAUUCGGUCUUCAACCUCCAAAAUUCAGAAGGUUACUUUAGUCACAGAUCAUUGCUUAGCCUGUUAUUUUAAGAUAUGCCAUUUUAAUAGGCUUUUUGGUACAGUAAACUAAAACUCUUUGGGCGACUACAACAUUAACUCUCAUUGGAUGAUAGAGAUCGUAAGUACGAAAUAGGAGGGGAUGAAAAUAUUGGAUGCGAGGUAUAAGGUGGUAACGACCACAGGGACGCACGCGACGACUAGUACUGGCUGAGGUUGGAGUUGGGUCAGUAGGCGGAUGCGCCUGACGUUAACGGAGGAGGUGAAAUUGUGGGAAGCACCAUGGAGGGCGUAGAAGGCUGGCUUGCUGGAGAUGGAGAAGGGGAGCUGCUAUGACUCAUCUUACAUUGAACGCGCUUCAAUGUGACCGCUAAAGGGAUUCGCAAAAGGCUUGGCAGUAUCAACAGAGUGCUGAACGAUCCCUCACAGUAUUAUUAUGGUGGCUUGCGAACGCCAAGGGCGCGGACUAGCACAAGGAGUUAGAGUUAAUAUAUGACUUACUUGCUGAAUUGCGUGGAGUGAUGACUCCAAGAACGGCCAUUGUUUGGUUCCGGACAUACCUAAUGGCAUCCGCAUAACCUAAGUCGUAGAGCGAUCCAGAACAUUUUCCAGGAAUCCGUAGGAUAAUGUCACAGAUGAGAUCGUCGACGAAGCCCACCAGAGCAGGGUUGGCAGCGGUAUGGGGUAGAUGCCAUCUCCAAGUAUUGGGAUCACCAGUGGCCCAGAGGGAGGUUGAGGGUUGGCGAUGGAAACGUUGGAGGGAUUUGUUGGAUGAGCGAUGGUAUAUUGUCUUGAUCAUACGGGAACAGCCGAAGAGGCAAGUAUGGUUAUGGAAAAGUCUUGAUUCGAAUUUUUGAUUCGGUCUCUAAGGGCAGUUAAGUGAUAUCCAAUGCUCCAGAAAUACGCGAGAACCAGUAUCUGCCGUUGGCCAUCGCACAAAACAUUUAGUCUCAUUGAGCAUACAACUGCUACCAGGGGAUGUUGGUAAAGGGCCUACAAGGUAAGUACGGAUGUGUGUAAAACAUUCGGCUCGGGAAAGGCAAUCAGCAACCUGAUUAGGAUCACCUUUAGGAAGGCGAAUAUUGGUGAUGAAUUAAUGCCCAGCUCCAUUAUAUGGCUUAAUGUAUCUUUUGCAAUGGCUCACUUAUCUGCAAGUAAAUAAUAAGGACGACCAAAAUGACGAACCGUUUCACGAGCUGGCCGAACGGUGAUAGCCCGUUGAUUGGCGGACUUUCGAAAGCAAAUGGUAAUAGAAAAUGUGCGAAAAGAAUGUGUGCAAAAGAAUACCUUAAACCUAGGUCUGAAACUAGGAAUGGUUGACUGCACCUAUUAGUGGACGUACUAUUAACUAGUUGGAGAGAAAACGAAACCCUGGGCGACUUACGGUUAGAUGGAAAUAGCAAAAUUAGACUGAUUGCAGAGCCAGUGUCAAUAAGGAACUUGUAACAGAUAUUCCUGUCGAAGUUAUGAAAAAAGUGCGUUGGGGACGUUCGGUCGACCGGGUUCAUCACUGUUACUGAUCGGUAGGCGUAGAUUCUGUUGAAGGAGUCCUGUAAAUACAUGGAGACGGUUAUUGAUGGACGUUGGAACCAUAGGUAUGGCGGUUUCACUAGAAACCGCCAGGAGUGUGUGAACCUGAAAUUGCAGCGGGAGAUCUUGGACGGCGCGUACUUGAAGGACUUCCCCACCGAGAACCGCAGGUUCAGAAAAAAGGCUUAAGCAGUGUAGCAUCUAAGUUUUGUUCGCCUUCCAGUUACUCAAGACGCCCAAAAAGCUACCUAAGCUUCUUGUCCCCAAGAUCUCCCCUGGCAAUAAAAACGCUGCGAAGGUUUUUCGAUUAGUAGGACGGUGCAAGUGAUGAGGGCUGCCUCUGGAGUUGUAUGUGGACAUCUGCUGGUGGGCUGCCAAUAAUGGUGAUGUCCAUUGGCAGUGUGACCACAGCAUUAUGGAAUGUCGUUUCCUUCCAAAUGAUCCGCCGCAAGGCCAAACUAGAUUCUAUUCUGAGCAGCGAAAGUGCCCAUUUUACUGACCCACGCAGUUGGAAGAUCGGAAAUAGGUCGACUAGUAGCUUCACUGUUUGUGACUACGUGAUGUCGAUCCGAGGUCAGCCAGUUAUGUCAGGUAACUGGGGCGUUGUCACUGUGGCUUGCGAGCGGCCCUGCUAUUGGUAGGAUAGGGGUUAGGGCAACGUAGGCGACAAAUUAGACUUGGUCAAAAGAAAUACGAGCAAUGGAGGGUAGGCGGGAUUAAAUCUAAGCGAACGUGGUCAAGUCUAUAGGGAAAAAAGACAGGCGCAGUGAACAGGAUUAAAUCGUCAUUGUAGAAUAUGCGCUGGCCUACCCUCCAAUGAAAGGUUCAAUAUUCCGAAAUCAUUUACGGCAGCGGUAUAUGAAAGGAUGCAUGAGUUGCGACUUGAUGGCAUGUGUGGAGUUUUGUUGUUCUUUGUUGUGUUAUUUUAACUGGCAUCGUUAGUACACUAAAGCAAAAAAUUUUCACCGACAAACCACCGAUUGCUUUUCUUCUACCUUACUUUCGUAUCUAUUUCAUCUUGAAGUCCAUGGAAUAGGUUCUUCAGGUUCAUGUCAAAUGAACCCAAUGCACCUCACCGUUGUUCCCUACCAGACCACCCGAUUUAUCCCACUGAGAAAGUCUGUCAAUGCACGCAGGGGAACGUUUUCCCGUCCCUUUAUCAUUGUUGGCUAGCUUUGGGCGGUUAAUGAACACAUUUUGACAGCGAAAAAUAACAACACUGAGCAAUCCCAGAACACCAAGCCAUUUAUUACUAGCAUUACUGUCACAUCGAGUUUUUUUUCUUCCUCUUUAUCCCUUGCCAUCCCUUUUCCCCGACCCUACGCCGGCGUUCUCAAUAAUAACAUUAAUCAGUUUCUGCCUUUAACUACGUGUAUUUUCAAAUUAGACCAACUGUGUCUUCCUUGCUUCUUCCAGCCAAAUUUGUGAUUCCUACUCGGAACAUUAACAAUCUGACGGAUACUGAGGCCUGGUACCCAUGCGAAACAUCAAACCAUGGCUCCAAUGGUAACCUCUUUCCAGAGGGAGCCAACCGCGAUUGUGAGUCUUACAGCAGUCCCACUUCAGGAGUGAAGCGGCUGAGUCUCAAGUCGGGACGUCUGAAGUGGGUGAGUCAGAAGGCGCGUCUUCGCAUAAAAGCCUGCUACAGCAGUCUUACCGUCCUACCUGUCUGCGGCUACUCUCCGCUGCAAGAGUGUCUAUCAAUCCUGGAAACCCCGCUAACCGACAGCACGCGAACACAGCGCGACCUCAGCCCCCGGCGGCGUGGACAAGUCGGUGAGAACAGGACAAACUGCAUUGAUCUUUUGCGACAUCUGGAGCCCUGGCUGAGUGCCAAGUCGAAAGCAACUCUUGCGCAGUCCUUGCUAGCAAUGCACAAGCUUCGUCGACAGGUCCCCGUCUUCCUCUCAUCGUUGGUGCUUGCUGAGGUCUGCCAGCAAGGUGACGCUGCUUCUUAG